AUGGGGGCAGAUCCUAAUUUACCUGACAAUGAUGGCAAUACACCUCUUAUGAUAGCUAUUGAAAAAGGUCAUAGUGAUGUCAUUCACAAGACUGGUCACUCUUCUGUUGUUUCUACCUUACUUAGCAAUGGUGCAGAUCCUAACAUAGCUAUGAACAAUGGCUGUACACCUCUUAUGAUAGCUAUUGAAAAAGGUCAUAGUGAUAUCAUUCAAUUAUUAUUAAAGCAUAAGCAUAAGGUACCAAUAAAUACCCAAUCCAAAGAUGGAGAAACUGCAAUUUAUUUUUUUAGCAAGACUGGUCAUUCUUCUGUUGUUUCUACCUUACUUAACAAUGGUGCAGAUCCUAACAUAGCUAUGAAUGAUGGCUGGACACCUCUUAUGGCAGCCAGUCAAAGUGGUCAUAAUGAUGUCAUUAAGUUAUUACUUAGCAAUGGGGCAGAUCCCAACAUAGCUGACAAUGAUGGUUGGACACCUCUUAUAGUAGCCAGUCUAAAUGGUCAUACUGAUGUCAUUGAGAUACUACUAGAGAAGAAUAUUCAAGUAAAUACCCAAACCAAUAAGGGAAUAACGGCCAUUUGUAUUGGUAGUCACCAUGGUCACUCUUCUAUCAUUUCUAUCUUACUUGACAAUGGUGCAGAUCCCAACCUAGCUGACAAUGAUGGUUGGACACCUCUUAUGACAGCCAGUAUAAAUGGUCACGCUGAUGUCGUUGAGAUACUACUUAAUAAAAAUGUUGUAGUAAACAUCCAAAACAAUUAUGGAAGAACAGCCAUUUAUGUUGCUAGCCAGAGUGGUCACUCUUCUGUUGUUUCUUCCUUACUUAAUAAUGGGGGUGACCCUAAUUUACCUGACAAUGAUGACUGGACACCUCUUAUGGCAGCCAGUGGAGGUGGUCAUGGUAUAGCAGGAACAUCACCAGAUCUGAUAAAACAUCUUCAUAAGACCGACGAUAUACUUCAUCUGAAAGAGAACAGAGAUUAUAAGGACAAUGACAAACAAGGUAGUUAG